AUGGAAAAUAAAGUUGUUGAAGAGAAAGAAGUAGACAUGAUCCCUCUAAUGACCCCUUAUAAGAUGGGAAACUUUGAGUUAUGUCAUAGAGUUGUAUUGGCACCAUUAUCAAGGCAAAGAUCUUAUGGCAAUAUUCCUCAACCACAUGCUAUACUUUACUACUCACAAAGAACUACAAAAGGUGGUCUUCUAAUAGGAGAGGCCACAGUAAUUUCUGAGACUGGUAUAGGGUGCAAUGAUAUACCUGGUUUAUGGACAAAGGAGCAAGUAGAGGCUUGGAAACCAAUUGUAAAUGCAGUUCAUGCUAAAGGAGGAAUCUUCUUUUCCCAAAUUUGGCAUGCUGGUAGAGUUUCCAACAAAGAUUUUCAGCCCAAUGGACAGGAUCCUAUCUCCUGCACAGACAAACUAUUAGCACCUCAAAUUCUUUCCAAUGGCAUAGAUGUUGCACACUUUACACCACCACGACGGUUAACAACAAAUGAAAUUCCUCAAAUUGUGAACGAAUUUCGACUUACUGCUAGAAAUGCAAUUGAAGCUGGAUUUGAUGGGGUUGAGAUCCACGGUGCUCAUGGCUAUCUCAUCGAUCAGUUUAUGAAAGAUCAAGUUAAUGAUCGAAGUGAUAAAUAUGGAGGGUCUUUAGAGAAUCGUUGUAGAUUUGCACUAGAAAUAGUUGAAGCAGUUGCAAAUGAGAUAGGAUCUGACCGAGUUGGUAUAAGGAUUUCCCCAUUUGCAAAUUAUAAUGAAUCAGGAGACACCAACCCUAGUGCUUUGGGACUUUACAUGGUGGAAUCGUUGAACAAGUAUGAUAUCGCGUAUUGCCACGUAGUUGAGCCUAGGAUGAAAACAGCUUGCGAAAAAAUUGAAUGUGGUGAAAGCCUUGUACCUUUGAGGAAGGCAUAUAAAGGUACUUUUAUAGUAGCUGGUGGUUACGAUAGAGAAGAUGGAAACAGAGUUGUGGUUGAAGAUCGAGCUGAUCUUGUUGCGUAUGGACGUUUAUUCAUAUCCAAUCCAAAUUUACCAAAGCGAUUUGAGCUAAAUGCACCUCUCAACAAGUAUAAUAGAGAGACAUUCUAUACAUCAGAUCCUGUUAUUGGCUAUACCGAUUAUCCAAUGCUAGAAACCAUGACAUGAUAAAAAGUGAUCUAUUAAUAAUAAGGAUCACUAAGAUUUUCUGCACUUAAA